AUGUCCCUCGUCGUGUUGUCCCUUCUAGUCAUCGAUUACUACAUCCUGAGAAGCCUUUAUCGCCUCUAUUUUCACCCGCUCAGCAAGAUCCCGGGACCUCCAGUAGCAGCGAUGGCCUCCAUGAGUCCCAUUGUGCGGAUAAACCCUCGAGAAGUCCAUAUCAUCGAUCCCGCCAUGUACGAUGAGAUCUACGCCGGUAACAGUCGCAAGCGGAACAAGGACCCGGUCUUUGUCUCCUCCUUUGCGUCCCCAUUCUUGGUCAUAGCAACGAUCGAUCAUGAUCUUCACCGCGCGAGACGAAGUUUGUUGAAUCCCUUCUUCUCGAAGAAAGCGGUAACGGAGCUCUCCACGGUCAUCCAAGAGAAAAUCACCCGGCUAUCAUGGCAUCUGGAGAGAUUCUAUGUAGACGAAACGGUGAGUGCACUGCACACGGUCUUCGUCGGUCUGACAGGGGACACCAUCACCCAUUACUUGUACGGCCAAGACAAGGGCUACCUAUCUGAUCCAGAUCUUACCAAACGUGACUUCAUCUGGGAGCUGAUGUUUGAAGGCACCAACUCAUGUCAUUUGUUUCGAUUUCUCCCCAGCAUUCCUCAACUGAUCAAGGCUCUGCCUGGCCGUUGGAUGCGACUCACCCGUUUUAAACUAGCCCAAGUCUAUGCAACGCAAGAGCAGAUCGCACAGCAGUCACGGGACGCCAGCACCAGCUUCAUACUCCUCGUCGCCGGUACCGAAACCACGGCUUCAUCGUUGACCUUUGCCGUCUACCAACUCCUACGCGACAGAGGAAUGUUCCUCAAAGUCCGCCAGGAACUGAAACAGGCCAUGCCUACCCCACGCCACGAACCCAAAUGGUCUCAACUGGAGCAAUUGCCUUAUCUGACAGCCAUCAUAAACGAAGCCCUCCGGCUCACCCCAUCCGAGUCCUUGCAGUACAAACAAUACACAAUUCUUCCUGGUCCCCCCAUCAGCACAAUCAGCUACUUCAUCCACCGCAACCCCCAGCUCUUCCCCGACCCAAACACCUUCCGCCCCGAGCGCUGGAUCGAAGCCGCCUCGCGGGGCGAGAAUCUCACCAGGUAUCUAGUCCCCUUCGCCGGGGGCAGCAGGAUCUGUAUCGGGAUGAAUCUGGCCUACGCGGAAUUGUACAUGACUAUUGCAUCGAUCGUGAGGCGGUUCGAUCUCGAGCUCUGCGAUACGAACCCCGAGGAUAUGGAAUUCGUCCGGGAGAAGAUCCUGCAGCGGCCGGAAAAAGGGGUCUGGACGUUGAAGGCGAGGGUCGUAGGGAUUGUUUUGGAGUGAAGGCGCUGAGGGUUUAUUUCGUGGGCUAGUGGUGGAUUUGCC